GGCAGAGGGGCUGGGGGAUCCGGGCGUGGGGGGCAGAGAGACCUUUUGAUCCCCUUUUGAUCCCCUUUUGAUCCCCUUUUGAUCCCGUUUUCAUCCGUUUUUCAUCCGUUUUUUAUCAGUUUUUUAUCCGUUUUUCAUCCCCCUUUGGAUCCCCCCCCCCCCGUUCCCACCCCGCGCCCCCGGCCCCGCCCCCUCCAUUGAGGCGUGCCUAGGCCACGCCCUCCGCUCUGACACGCCAAUCAGCGCGAUGCUUGCGCACAAGCUCCGCCCCCUCCGCGCGGGGCGGGGCCGCGGCGGCCGCGGACACGUGGGGAGCGACUGCGCUUGCGCGGAGCGGCACCGGGAGCGGCACCGGGAGCGGGACCCGGACCGGAACCGAGGAUACGAGGGGACAUCGGCACCGGGACUGAGCGGCCCGCGGCUCUCGGCAUGGCGGGCCGGGGCCGCGGCCGGGGCCGGGGGCAGAUGACGUUCAACGUGGAAGCUGUGGGCAUCGGGAAGGGGGACGCGCUGCCCCCGCCCACGCUGCAGCCCUCGCCGCUCUUCCCGGCCCUGGAGCGCCGCGCCGUGCCCCUGCCCGGGGGCGAGGAGUGUGAGUACAUGCUGGCCCUGAAGCAGGAGCUGCGCAGGGCCAUGAGGGGGCUCCCCUACUUCGUCAAACCGGGGGCACCCCGCAGAGACAUCGAGCGCUACUCCGACAAGUACCAGCUCUCCAGCCCCGUGGACAACGCCAUCGACUGGAACCCAGACUGGAGGCGGCUCCCGCGGGAGUUGAAGAUCCGCGUGCGGCGGCUGCGGAAAGGCAGGACCGCUGCCCUCGUCCCCAAGCAGCGCGUGGCACUGGACAAGGAGGAGGCUCUGAAGAAGCUGGAGAGCCUGGAGAAGAAGGAGGAGGAGGUGACAUCAGAGGAGGAAGAGGAGAAGGAGGAGGAAGAAGAGGGAAAGGAGGAGGAGGAAGAGGAGUACGAUGAGGAGGAACAUGAAGAGGAGACCGACUACGUCCUGUCCUACUUCGACAACGGGGAGAGCUUCGGCCCCGACAGCGACGAUAACGGCGACGAGGCGGUGUACUGACCCCAAAAAGGGGGACACCCCGAAAACGGGGACACCCCAAAAAUGGGGACACCCCGAAACGGGGACACCUCAAAAUGGGGACACCCCGAAACGGGCAUUGCCCCACAGCCCUGGCACCCCAUCCCCAGGUUGUGGGGCACCCCUGUUAUCCCUGUCACCUCCCCAGGACAGUGGGGACACCCUUGGGGACAUUGGGGUCCUUGUCACCUCCCCAGGACAGUGGGGACACCCUGUUAUCCCUUGGGGACAUUGGGGUGCUCUCACCUCCCCAGGGGACACCCUGUUAUCCCUUGGGGACACUGGGGUCCCUGUCACCUCCCCAGGGGGCAUUGGGGUGCUCUCACCUCCCCA